AUGGUAUGUUAUAUUUUUUUACAACAUAAUGAUCAUAAUGUUGUAUCAAGUUCAUUGGAAACACAUGAAAUUGUACUUAAAUAUUCAAAUUUAUUUGAUUUUGAUCAAUUAUUAAUUUCAACCCCAAUUGGAUCUAUAGAAGAAAUUCGUGUCAGUGAAGCCUUAAAAACAGAUAUUACAUAUCUUUUAUCUUUAUGUGAACACGGUGAUCUACAUUUACGUGAUGCAUGUGCAAAUUUACUUGUUACAUUAAUUCAAACAACAAUUCAUCUUUUAACACUAUCAUCAUUAUCAAAUUCUUUUAUUAAUCAAUGUUCACUUGUAUCUACUGAUUCAAAAGACAGUUCAAGUCAUGCAUUCACAAUCAUAGGAAUUGAAUUAUUAGAAGAUUCUAUUCAACAUACUACAAAUUCCCGUAUUCUUGCUAAAUUUGCUCUAUCUCAACUUAUAGAUGAUGUUGAUUCUCGAAUAUUAACUUAUCUUGAACAACAACAACAACAAUUAAAACAACAGUACCCUGAUAUACGUGUUCGUCAAGCAACUGCUUCGACUUUUGCUAAGUUUGUUGAUCACAAUUCAUUUUUACCAUGUCACUGGAUAUAUAAAAUUCAUCAUUCAUUACAAGCUCAAGCAUCAACUCGAAUACAAAUUGUUUGUCAUUUUUGUCUUUUAUAUAAGUUGGAUGUUUAG